UAUUCCAGACAAACACAUCCACUCGUUUCCCAUUCAAUCACCACUCGUUUCCCACUUUACUACUCAAAAAUCAAAAUACAAGAACCUCUUCAUUCACACUAUAAAUACAACCACAAACACAAAACUCAUAUAUAUCCCUCAUCUUUUCCAACCACAAAAGAAACAAGAAAUAAGGACUUUAACAAGCAUUGAUUCACAAGAAAUAUCACAAGGGCCAUCAAUGAGUACUCAAAUGGCUCACCAUCAACAGCCAAACUCCGGUUGGCAUUCUCCGGUGCCAUAUCUCUUUGCCGGCCUCGCCGCCAUGCUCGGCCUCAUCGCCUUUGCUCUUCUCAUCCUUGCUUGCUCUUAUUGGAAACUCUCCGGGUUUCCGGAGUCUCAAGAAACAGAUACUGGAGAUCAGCAAAAGGAAAGUGAUAACAACAACAAAGUUAUAUCUAAUCAAUUUGAAUUGAAGCAUGUUGUGGUGAUCAUGGCAGGUGAAGAGAAGCCAACCUUCUUGGCCACUCCCAUGUCUAGCAGAGCCUCUUCUUUUGAAGAUAGAAUUAGUGAAGAGAAUCACAAGAAGAGUAGUUCUUAUGAGGAAAGCCAUGAGCAUUCUUGAUAGGUUAUUGAUUUCUUAUUUACUUACUUCAUAUAUAUAUAUAUAUAUAUAUAUUAUAUGUAGGAGAAUUGAAGGAGUGAUUCAAUUCGAGUGAAGGACUUUUUUUUCACCAGAGUUUUCUAUUCUUUGGUGUUUGAUGAAUGAUUUAAGUUAAAGGUAUGAAGUCAUAUCAUCAUGUUGUUUGUUUGGAGUUAUAUAUGGAGAUGAAGUUUGUGGUUGGAAUUAGGGAAUGGGUAGCUUUGGUUUGGCUUUUUUUUUAAACCACCUUUUGCACUUCUUUUCACCUUUUUUUUCUAUCUUUAUUUGAGUGAGGGAAUGAGAAUAAAUGACUUUCUCAUUGAUUCCUUGUUAAGUUUAAUCUCUUAGUUUUGUCCCCUAGCUUACAACAGAUAUAUCUUAAUUUUCUCAUGUUAUUUUC